UCUCCCAGUGUGAGCAAGCUAACAGAUCGGGGAAAAUGGCAUCAAGUGCGAAACUGUUGAAAAUGAGAUCAAGUCUUGUUAUUUUGUUUGUCUGGACAUACCUCAGCGUUGGUGCUUCUACACCCAAUGGCUGCUCUGGACUCCCAGAUGAAAAUAAUGCAUUGGUUUCUGAAAGCUCCAAGAAAGAGUUCUAUAAUCCGGGUGAUACGCUUGACCUCACUUGCAGACAUGGCUAUACCUCUUCGAAAAAAAUCACCUACGUUUGUGUGGACAAAAAAUGGGCUAAAUUGCGUCAUGGAAUAUGUUCACUCAAACGCUGUGAGUCGCCUGCAGACAUACUAAACGGUCACUACAUUAGGCUGAAUGGCGAAAACUUUGCUUUUGGAACGAUUAUCAAAUACAGCUGCAAUGAAGGCUACCAGAUGAUGAGUCAAACUAACACUAGAACAUGUCGGGAUGGUGGAUGGGACAAUCGAUUACCUGAAUGUGAAGAGGUAUCAUGUGCUCUAAACACAACAGAGAAAAACAUCAGAGUGGAAGGACUGCCUUAUGAUGAGGAGCUGAUCAAGCAUGGACACAGGCUGACAUUUUCGUGUGUUGGUGAUGGACUGAAAUUAGAAGGAGAGAGUGAAAUCACCUGUCAGAUGAAUGGGCAAUGGAGUAGUUCAUUUCCUAAAUGUGUAGAGGUAACGUGUCCUCUAAACACAACAAUGGAAAAUUUAAACAUUGAGAGGGACCCUGAUGUUGAGGGUCCGGUCAAAUCUGGACAUAUCAUAACUUUUUCAUGCACUGGAGAUGGGCUGAAAUUAAAAGGACAGAGAGAAAUCACCUGUCAGUCAAAUGGGGAAUGGAGCAGCCCUUUUCCUAAAUGUGAAGAGGUCACGUGUACUGCAAACCUCAAAGGGAACAUGAGAUCAAACAUUGAAGAACAACCAGGACGUGAGAUUUCAGUCAAAUCAGGACAAACAGUAACUCUUUCAUGUGUUGGCAAAGGAUCUAAAUUUAAAAUUCAGGGACGAAAUCAGGGACGAAUCCAGUGUCUGCCAAGUGGUGAAUGGAACCCCCCUUUUCCUGAAUGUACAGGAGGGCUUUGUGGACCACCACCAUAUGUGGAGAAUGCAGAUACAAAAGACAUGGCAAAAAAAGAAUAUAAAUCAGAGGAGAAGGUUGAAUACAAGUGCUUUGAUAAAUACACGCUGGAUGAUCGUCCCAACUACUCCGGCUUCAAGACUUGUGAGAAUGGCGAAUGGACAGGAAAUAUUUAUUGUUUGAAGCCCUGUUCAGUGACACUGGAUACAAUGAAUGAAAAAGGUAUAAAGCUGAAAUAUGGUGAACCACGCAAGAUAUUCUCACCACACAAGGAUCAAAUCCAAUUUGCAUGUCUGAGGAGAGAUGAACAGAUGAUUGGAAGCCCCAAACAAAUAUGCAGUGAUGGAAACAUGACUUUGCCUGUGUGUGUGUGACUGACUAUGAAUAAAACAUUUUCAAGCAUCUGCUGUUCCAGUAAACACAAACAAAUGGAGCAAUUCUAAAUAAAAUGUUUCAAUUCA